UUCUUGGGGAAUGUGAAAGGCCCGGAUUGAAACAUUUGGGGAAGGCCAAAGUGGGAGUUUGGCAAUACCCACAUGUCAAUCUGUGCGUGCCAUUGCCUGUGAGAAGAUUACAAAUACAUGCUAUCUGUAUUCCGGAAUCUUCCUCUUCUUUCAAUUUUACUGCUACCCUUAUCACAAGAGUUGCCUUUAAAACAGUGUAGAAUGUUGCCCAGAUCAUAGAAAAUCGCCCUUUAAGCACUGUAGAUUGAUGCCCCCAUGAGGAAAGGAAACUUUAUCUGGGUCUAACUUAAAAGCAGGCGUCGAAAAUGGUAUUGAGAUUUAAUUGAUAGGUCUGCAUGGUUGUAGAACUGUCAGCGAAAAAGUCUUGAAACAGAAAAUUUCCCCUGGGUAUCCAAAUUCGGAAAUCAAUAUAUAACAGCGUAAAUGAGCAAAAAGAUUUUCUGGGGGUGUUCUGAAUGCAAUGAUUGCAAGAAAGGGAUAUCCAAAAUUUGAUAUGGUGCAGGCCCGAAUUGAGGAACAGGUGUAGAAAAUGGUUUUUUGAGUUGAGUGAUAGAUCUAAAGGGUUAUUGAAUUGUCAGCGAGAAAGUUUGAAACGGAAAAUUUUCCUUUCUGGGUGUCCUAAUUUAAAGAUCAUUAAAUGACAGGGAAAAAAGCCUAAAAGCUUUAUCUGGGGUGUGUUCUGCAUUGAAUCAUUACAAGAAAGGAAGAGAGGAAAUUUUGUUUGUUGCAGGUCUCCCAAUCAUUCAUGUCUUGGUAUUUUGUGGAUUGAGCUGCAUUGUAGAAAAUGGUCUUUUGAGAAAUACGCACCCUACAAGUUUAGUUUUGGGAUAUAUACAUUAUCGAAAUCCUGGGUUGUAGAUUUAUUGACUGCAGUACUUUGAAAGCUUUGUCUUUUGAGUUUGUCGCGUCUCAUCAGAGUCUUGUUUUGCGGUGCACGCAUCCAAUAUCUCGACUGCAUCUAAUCAAGUGGAAAAUCCUGAAUAAAUACAAGCAAACUAGAAAUCCUUGUUUUCUUUUAGGGAUUUUGAUUCUAUUGGGAGGCAUAUUGGAAGACUUGCUGGGAAGUGUGCUCUAUUAGAGUAUCAGCAAGAAGACUGCUUUGGGAUUUCUUGAUCUGAAAUUGGGUAUAGAAAAGAGUAAUUAUGGAGAGGUGGAGGAAAUUUUUUGGGAGUGCGGAGACUGAUAUAUGUACGAUAAUUGAAAAUGCCAUUGAAGUUGCAGCAUCUGAUUGCCCUCAAGAAUUGAGGGCGAGGAGGGACAGGAUUGCUCAGAGAUUGUUCUCUUGCGGGUUUGUUAGGUGUGGUGAAUGCAGUGCAUUGACUUUGGCAGGGCCUGAUUCAUUUAGUGAAGGUGAUAACAUAAAAGGAGCAGUAGUUCUUCCCAGGUGUGAAGGGCAGCAGAAUCAUGCACAGGGCUGUAGGGAUGAUGGCAGUCCUAGUAGUAGCAACGAGGUUGAGAGAAACAGGGCUAGUAAUUACAGCUAUGAUGAGGCCGAAGCCCUUACAGAAGAGAUAGAGGAGGAGUCAGAGAUUAUCAGAGAAGUUGAUAGAAUCAAAGGAAUCCUGUUAAAUCCUGACGAGUCAGAAAAGCAGCUGUAUGAGUCUUUGAGAAGACUGGAGUUGAUGCAACUUUCUGUAGACACUCUUCAGGUAACUGCCAUUGGCAAGGUGGUGACUGGAUUAAAAAGACAUCAUUCAGAACAAGUACGUUCCAUGGCUAAGAUGCUAGUCAGUGGUUGGAAAGAGCUUGUAGAUGUAUGGAUGAAGACCGCUGGUUCUCUGGCUGCAGCUGCAUUAGGCACAUCUUCUGACUCUGUCUCUCCAGAAGAUAUCAAAGAUGAUGAGAAUGGUCUACCUUCUCCACCACUUGACGAGGGUGCCUUUUUAACAACUCAGACUGCAUCAAUUGAAAUGUCUGAGUUCUUUGCUGGAAUGGAUGAUGAUGGAAAUCCUCGAAUUAUUGAUGAGAAUGACUCUGAGUCUGAUGAUGAUAAAGACAUCCAGCACUUCAAUAGGAAACAGAUUGAUGAGCAUGACACUGAUUCUGAUGAUGAUGACAAACAACACUAUAGUAGGAAACAAUCAGCUCAACAGAAUUACAAGACAAGGGAAGGUGAUUCUACUGCCAAGCAAUUAGCUGCAGCAAGAAACAAGGAAAAGGGGAACAUGACUUCAGGAGGAAACAAGGAAAAGGGGAUCAUAAAGUCACAUUUUCAGAAACAGCAGAACACCAAUCGCUAUCGAAAUUCAAUGGAUAUCUCAACUCAUGCAAUUGGUUCUUCUUUGCCAGUUAGGAAGUCAUCGGGAACUCCCAAACCAAAUGAAAAUAGGGAUAGAGUGCACCGAUUGACUGAUUCAGCCAAAAAUCAAUUGAGACUUAGUUCUGUUCAACCCCAAAAUAAGCCACGACCUUCACAUGAUCUGUCUGUAAGUGUGAGGGUUGAAGCUGCUAAGAGAAAGCUUCAUGAAGGAUACCAACAAGCAGACAAAGCAAAGAAGCAGCGCACAGUUCAGCUAAUGGAGCUGCAAGACCUCCCUAAAAAUGGCCGCAAUUUCAUAAAGCCAUUGCAUGCUAAACUAGGAUCACAUAACCGACAACGAUUUGGAAGCUGCAGAUAGAAAUAUUCCAGGGGCUGAAUGAGUCAUGUGGAGUAUAUGUAAUUGUUUAAAGAGAAACCAUUAUUCACUUAUCUGCUCUCUCUAUGUAUGGUUUUUAACUUUUCAUAUUGACCGGAGUGUGUUUUAACAUGAGGAAACUGACUGAUGAACGGGCUGAGAAUUUAUUCUUGAUUUAGCAAGGUUCCUUGUCACACAGAUAUACUGAAAACUGAGAUCUUGCUUGACACGAACCUGUCUUUUUGGCACAAAAGUGGGAGAUUGAUAUGGGAAAUUGACGAUGGACUGUUUUGGCAUUCACCUUGAUGUUAUGAUGUACAGAUCUCUAUCCCAUUUGUUUUAUUUGUAUCAUACGAUCUGGAAUAAACGAUGGGCUGAUUACAAACGCUGAUGUUUGAUAUAAUGUAGGCCUGUGCUACACAAUUCUAACAGGUAGAUGAGCCAACUUUGGCAUAAGUUGGUUUUUCUUGGGAAGAAUGAAUUUAGUUUCAUUUUUUCAAAAAUUGGAUCCAACAAAAUUGUCACAGGCAAAAAGUUAACAUCAUUUGUUGUAAUAUAUGGGGACGAUCAAGGUAUAGAAUACUAAUCAUUAUUACAAAUUUCAA